CGCUGACGUAAGCAGUCCCGGAAGUAGAAUCAGAAAGUAGUGGCGUCCUUCCUCCCUUCAGUUUGUUUCAUCAGCCACGAGAUUUUACAUCCAGCUCACUCAAGACUUUCUGUCUGGUGUUUCAUAAAGAUGGGAGACCCUUUCACCGUGUACACAACCCGACUGCAGCAGCAGGAACAGGAGAUUCGGAGUCUCUCGGCAGAGAUUGAGAGUCUAAAAAACCCACAAAGCCAAAAUCCAUCCCCUCGUCUAGAGGAGCUGAGGGAGGAAAACGCCAAGCUCAAGUACCGCCUCAACAUCUUAAAGAGGGAGGAGAAAGUUCACUGCAGCAAAGCCAUGUUGAACAUAAACCAUCGGCUCCAGGAGGUUUUCAGCGAGGCCAUCCGGGCUUCCUGCCCCGAGCUGGACGACCCCCCGCUGGCUAUCGCACCCAACCAGCAGGCCAAGUUUGGAGACUAUCAGUGCAACAGUGCCAUGGCCAUGGCCCAGAUGCUGAAGACAAAGGGAAUGAAAGUCAACCCGAGGGAAAUCGCAGAGAAGAUCAUCCAGAACCUUCCAGAAAAUGAACUCAUCCAGAAAACCGAAAUCGCAGGACCAGGCUUCAUCAACAUCCACCUGGAGAAAAAGUUUGUUUCCAAACUUCUGAGCAACCUGCUGAUGAAUGGAGUUCAGCCUCCCCCUCUUGCCUCCAAGAAAAGGGUGGUGGUGGAUUUCUCUUCUCCCAACAUCGCCAAAGAGAUGCACGUGGGUCACCUCCGCUCCACCAUCAUCGGGGAGAGCAUGUGUCGACUGUUUGAGUUUCUGGGCUACGACGUUCUGAGGUUGAACCACGUGGGCGACUGGGGGACUCAGUUUGGGAUGCUGAUCGCUCACCUGCAGGACAGAUUUCCAGACUACUUGACCACUUGCCCACCUAUCAGUGACCUGCAGGCCUUCUACAAAGAGUCAAAGAAGCGAUUCGACGAGGAGGAGGAAUUCAAGAAGCGAGCGUAUCUGUGUGUGGUCAGGCUGCAGAGCAAAGAGCCCGACUUUAUUAAAGCCUGGAACCUGAUCUGUGAUGUUUCCAGGAAAGAGUUUCAGAGGGUUUACGACUGUCUGGACAUCACCAUCAUCGAGAGAGGAGAGUCCUUCUACCAGGAUAUGAUGACGGAGGUGGUGAAGGAGUUUGAUGCGAAAGGCAUGUCUAAAAUGGACGAUGGUCGUAAGCUCGUCUUCCCCCCGGGUCAAUCCAUCCCUCUCACCAUCGUGAAGUCUGACGGCGGUUACACCUACGACACGUCGGACCUGGCAGCCAUCCGCCAGCGAAUCUUUGAAGAGAAGGCCGACAUCAUCAUCUACGUCACGGACAGCGGACAGGCCACACACUUCCAGGUGGUCUUUGCUGCAGCUCAGAUGAUCGGCUGGUACGACCCGAAGGUGACCCGGGUGGAGCACGCAGGAUUUGGAGUGGUGCUGGGAGAGGACAAGAAGAAGUUUAAGACCCGGUCUGGAGACACAGUGAGGCUGAUGGACCUGCUGGAGGAAGGACUAAAGAGAUCCAUGGACAAACUGAAGGAGAAGGAGCGGGACAAGGCCCUGACCCCAGAGGAGCUGAUAAAGGCCCAGAGGUCUGUUGCUUUUGGCUGCAUCAAAUACGCCGACCUCUCCCACAACCGCAUCAACGACUACGUCUUCUCCUUCGACAAGAUGCUGGACGACCGGGGCAACACGGCGGCCUACCUGCUCUACGCCUUCACUCGCAUCAGGUCCAUAGCUCGUCUGGCAAACAUUGACGAGGCGACUCUGAGGAAAGAAGCAGAGACCUCGGAGGUCCUCCUGGACCACGAGAAGGAGUGGAAGCUGGGGAAGUGCAUCCUCCGAUUCCCCGAGAUCCUGCAGAAGAUCCUGGAUGACCUGCUGCUGCACACGCUCUGUGACUACCUGUACGAGCUCGCCACCACCUUCACCGAGUUCUAUGACAGCUGCUACUGCGUGGAGAAGGACCGGCAGACAGGUGAGGUAGUGAAGGUGAACAUGUGGAGGAUGCUGCUCUGUGAUGCCACAGCAAUGGUCAUGUCCAAAGGCUUUGACAUCCUGGGCAUCAACUCUGUUCAGAGGAUGUGAUGUCACAGGAUGUGAUGUUGCAGGGAUCAGACCAGCCUUUGUCUUUCUCUCACUGCAACCAAAUUCACCAGAAAUGGACCCGGAGAAGAGAUGUCUCACUUACACCUUGGCCAAAACUCUCCUGACUUUAGGGAGUCAUUUCUACAAGGUCAUGCUAUCCCAAACAUACCUGCUUUGAUCCAUUUCCUAAAUUCUCAUGUAAAGUAUCAUUUUUAUUAAAGCAUGGAAAUGAAACCUAA